AUGGACACAUCGAAGAAGCCUCGCACUCGACAAUUCCGGCUGCAGCGCUUCUUCGUGGCUCUGCUGGUGUUGUGGGGCUUCGCGAUCGUGCUGCAGACCUCGUCACUGCUCGAAGUCUCAAGGAACCGGCUGGCCACCAGUCUGCGUCUUCAGCGCGCCAUCGACAUCGGUUUAUCGUGGCGUCGGCGCAAUAACAGCAAUGCCGACGGAUUCCCAGAGCCUGCAGCUGAUGCUGGAGACACGGGUGAAGUGUCGGACGAAGACUCGCUGCACUUGAGUUUACUACACGAACACUGCGUGGCGAACGCGAACGCCUCGCUGACGUGGCAGUUUGGCAGUCCGGGACAUCAACUGGCCGACGGCACGGCCAGCAGCCCAGACGUGGUCAUGCACCAAGACGACACAGAUCUGCUGCAGAAGCUGCGGCAGUGUCCCGACGUGGAUAUUUUCCUGCCGUCGGAUCUGCAUGGCAACGGCUACUGCGAAGACGCAGUCGCGUACGCCAAGUACUUGAACUCUCGGUUGCUGCCAAAGUGGGCACUGCAAGUCAAGAUGUACGACGCCGAGCUCGGACGCGAGGUGGACUACUUCGACCUGUGUCCCAAGACGCCCAUGAUCUUCUUUAACCACUACUGGGAGGGCGUGCCGUCGAUGCCGCGCUGGCCCAAGGACAAGCCGAUCUACCUCAUGCCCAACAUCGAAAUGUUCGAGUUGACUCCUGUUCAUUACUGGAAGGUCGACGCUGUGCUGUGCAAGACGAAAGAAUGUUUCGACCGAGUGACGAAAUGGUACGAGCAAGAAGGAAACCCGCGCAACGCGUCGGUAUUUUACACCAAGCACACGUCUUCGGACCAAGCGCAAUUCGCUCGCAAACGGCUCGGAGACGACGCUAUCGCGCCCAAAAAUUUCUCCGAGAUCAAGUUCAUUCACACAGCAGGCACCAGCACGGGUAAAGGCACACGGGAGCUACUGCAGUGCUGGGUGCUCGUGCCUGGGCUACCACCUCUCGACGUGUACAUGGACAACAAGCCGUUCGAUCGUCUAUUCAAGCCAAACUUCAAGCGGCUCAUCAAGUUCAGUCGCAGUCCUCUCAAGACGCACUUGGGCAUGCUAGAACGCUCAGCGUUCACGAAGCUCACUGCAGAGGCUGCGUUCUUCAUGUGUCCGAGUACCAGCGAAGGGUACGGCCACUAUAUCAACCAGGCGCGCGCUUCCGGGGCCUUUGUCGUCACCACCGACGUGUCCCCAAUGAACGAGCUCAUCACGAAUGAGACUGGGGUCUUGAUCCCCGUGAAGCACCGAAAGCACACCAAGAUGAUCUUGGGUGGAGCCUACAGGGGAAAGCACGGCUUGAGGGACGUCGAGGGGCUUGUAGCAUCGUUCAAAGGACCUGACGUUUGCGAAGCGGUCGUUGAAAUGGUGAAGUCAACGACGACGGAGCAGCGAGCAGCAAUGGGCGCCAACGCUCGUCGAGCGUACCAUGAAGACACAAAAUACUUCGCCAGAGCUAUGCAAGAGCUGCGAGAGUUUGCACGACGUGGGAGUUAA